GGUGGGCUGGGGGUGGGCUGGGAACCCCCUGGGUGGGCUGGGGCCACCCUGGGUGGGUUGGGAUCCACGUGGGGCGGGUCGGGGCGCCCGGCCGGGGGUCUCCCCGUGGCGCUGGGUGCGCUGACGCCGUCCCCCCCUCUGUCCCCCCCCCCAGAUGCCCCCCGGGAGCGCCCCAACUCGGCCGUCUAUCCGUCCGAGAGCUUCCGGCAGUCCCUGCUGGGCCCGCGCCGCGGCCGCCCCUCGCUGUCCCUCUCCAAGAGCGUCUCCACCACCAACAUCGCGGGGACGUUCAGUGACGAAUCGGCGCUGGGGAUUCGCCGCAUUCUGUCCCAGUCCACCGACUCCCUCAACGUCCGGAACCGCACGCUGUCCGUGGAGUCCCUCAUCGAUGAAGGUGGGGAGGGGUGGGGGGGGGACACGGGGAUGUGGGGACAGGAGGACUCGGGGACAUGGGGAC